ACCUGUCCCUCCUGGUCCACUAGGCUUUCUAUUGUCUUGUCCACAGAGUCGCUACGAGUUAGCAACCACGGCGUUAGCAUCACCAUCAGCUGGCGAGGCGAGACUGGACCUUGCUCUGUCGCCGUUCGAUUCGAGACACAAGCACACUUUGUUGAGGCGGAGCAGGAGGCAGAACUGGGCGUCUGGCCGGCUCGAGGCUUUGUGGAGUUGGAAUGAGGUGGUUGUGUGAGCAAACGGUGACCACGCCGAUGCGAAGCGAGGAAUGUAGCUAGGUGCAAAGGGCUCAAACGUCGCCGGGAUUGAACUUUCCUCCCGAAUUAACCUCAUUAUGUAACGUCCCCUUUUCCUUCAGGCUGCAUGCAACCCCGGUGUGCUUGGUCGGUUCAUAAUUGUGUUAAUCCCAGCUACAGCGAUACAGACAAGAACGACGCGCGACCGCAGCAGCAGCAUCGUGUGAGACGUGUGUUUUGGGGCACACAGCGGGUGAAUGCGGUCGGAUGUGCGUAUGGGUGGCCACCUCCCCUGCAGGCACGUUUAGCACCCCGGUCCGAUGGAGAAGAGGGACAGAAAGCCGGGAUAUUUUGCCAGGCUGAAGAGGCGGAGACAGCUCAAGCAGAGCCAAUUGGAGAAAACCGCCAACGAGCGCGGCGCGGCGGUCAUCGCCUGUCCGGACCUUCCAAAGGACAGCGAAGCCAACAAGAAGGCCAGCCUGCCGAGAACAACGACCGCAAAGACAGCUGCCGGCUCAGCUGAUGGCUGUAAGAGUAAUAACCCGGCGAAGGGGGAGAAGCGGAGACCGCCAGGGACAGUGGAGUUUAUCGCGGGACCGAAUGAUUCCCUCAACAGCAUCGCCCUCAACUUCAACGUCACCCCAAACAAGCUGGUCCAGCUCAACAAGCUCUUCUGUCACAGCGUCUACCCCGGUCAGAAGCUGUUUGUCCCUGACGUGAGCAGGGCGGAAUUCAAGUCUCAGACUGACUCGGACCCGGCCCCCACGAACGGUUCCGCUGUGGAGACCGCUCAAGACGGCAGUCCAAACCGCAGGUCAGCGCGGUCCAUCCGACGUCAGCUCUCCCCAAAUUCCGAGGACGACGGCCCGGCGACGGUGAAAUUCAUCAAAAUGAGCUGCAAGUACUUCACUGAUGGAAUGGGCGUGGUGGGCGGCGUCCUGAUCGUGACGCCCAACAACAUCAUGUUCGACCCGCACAAGUCGGACCCGCUGGUCAUCGAGCACGGCUGCGAGGAGUACGGCCUCAUCUGCCCCAUGGAGGAGGUGGUCUCCGUGGCGCUCUACGACGACGUGUCGCGCAUGAAGCUGAAGGACGCGCUGCCGUCGCCCGGCGAGUGGGAGCAGCUGCCCUCGGAGCGAGACCUGAACCCCUUCAGCCGCUACGAAGCGCCGGACGCCAAGCGGCCCGUCAUCCUGGACGACCUGGAGUCGGCCCUCUCGGAAACGGUCAGCACGGAAGGAGAGCAGACCGACAAGUCUCCCUCAGACGAAGGCUUCACUGAGCUGGAGCCCACCGUCAACGGGAGCGCGGAAGAAGCGGAGGGAACUUCCACCAAGACGCCCGACGGCGCCCGAAGACCGCGAGGCGAGGGGGACGCCCGGGACGAGUCGCCGCUUUGCCCAACUGAAGGGAAGCCGGAUGACGACGAGGACGAAGGCUUGGCCCGGAACAGCUCCGUCGAAGACGGCGAGUCCGUCCGGUCGUCCUCGGAGACGGCCGGGCUGCGCGAAGAAGCGACGAGCAAAGAGGAGACUUCGGAAGUCGCGGAGCUCCGAAAGCGCGAGACGGCGACGCCGGACGGGUGGCGGCAGAGCUACGACGCCGAGGUCAAGUCGUGGCUGAAGGAGAGGAUUCAGGCUCCGAUCCAAGACAUGCUCUUCUCCUCCGAGGAGAAGAGCAGGAACCCGCCCAUGUUCCUCUGCUUCCGAGUGGGAAAACCAAUGAGGAAGUCCUUCGCCAGCGGGAUGACGUCCAGCCCGGCGCACUCCUUCGGAAGCGUGGGAAAGCAACCCGAGUACUGGUUUGCCGUGCCGCAGGAGAGAGUGGACCACCUGUACGCCUUUUUCGUCCAGUGGUCUCCCGACGUGUACGGCAAGGAGGCGCGGGAGCAAGGCUUCGUGGUGGUGGAGAAGGACGAGCUGGACAUGAUCGACAAUUUCUUCGGCGACCCCGCCUCGUGCAGCUGGGAGAUCAUCACAAUCGACGAGGCCAAGCGGAGGCAGAGUUUCGGCAGCUGCGACGGCGAACCGGCAGCGGACGGCCUGCCGAUAUUGAGCGACGGCAGCGAUCUGCUGCAGGACACGCACGUGGAGAAGCUGGCCUGCCGCCUGCCGGCCCGCGUGCAGGGUUACCCGUGGCGGCUGGCGUACAGCACCGUCAAGCACGGCACCAGCCUCAAGACGCUCUACCGGAACCUGCUCGACGUGGACGGUCCGGUCCUGCUGGUCGUCAAGGAUCUGGACCGCCGGAUCUUCGGGGCCUUCUCCACUCAUCCCUUCAAGAUAAGCGAGCACUGUUACGGCACCGGCGAGACCUUCCUCUACAGCUUCUGCCCCGAGAUCAAGGUGUACCGCUGGACGGGAGACAACUCGUACUUUGUCAAAGGCAAUAUUGACUCGCUGCAGAUGGGAGGAGGCGGCGGUCAACUGGGUCUGUGGCUGGACGCCGAGCUGUACCGGGGCACCACCACCAGAUGCGCCACCUUCGACAACCGGCCGCUCUCGGGCCGCCAGGACUUCAACAUCCACAGUCUGGAGGUGUGGACCUUCGAGUAGCUCCCGCCGCCUCGCGGACGUUUCCGCGUUCGCCAACAUUUCGAGCACCGCCCGACACGACGCUUCUAAGGUUCUGCGAGGCCCCGACCGCGGGCCGUUUGCCGUCGCUCUCUGUUCGUUAGCUGCGUGCUGACUGCCUUUGUGCCGCAGUGUUGUGAAGAAGAACAUGUGGAGCUUGUUGGAGGAACAAGGUGCCCCCCCCCCCCCACACACACAGAGCUUUAGGUCAAACCAGUGUUUCCCCGUCCCUUUGUCGAGGCUCGGGAUGCAUUUUAUGUUUGAAAAACUGCACGGCACAUCACCAAAUCGUCACAAAAAAAGCUUAUGUAGUGAAUCCCGGUUGACUGCAGGCGUGUACGUUUACGAAUCACGGCAAGUGAAAAAUUGAGACCAUAUAAAAAACAUUUCUUAAAUGGUUUACUCUUCACAUUAGUUGUAGUUAUUAAGAAGUUUCAAAAGAAUAUGAAGUGGUGUAAAAGUGAAAUGAAUCAUUUUACUGUGGUUGGGAAUCACUGGGUUGAACCUAAAGGCUGUUGUAUGAAUGUACAACUCGUAACUACUUAGCAAGUUUGUCAAUUUAAAGAAAAUGGAAGCUGGGAUUUGUCCUUUUCACGUUGGAUUUGUUGAAUAAUUGUUUACAAAUUGUGCACUUGCUCUCAUUUUCAGUCUGACUGAGAGAGCCUGUUAACUUUCAUUUCACGUAUUCUUUGCGCCACAAUUUCUUUCGCCGACCAAAUAUUUUUCAUUUGCUCUAUUUUAUAUGAUUUCAAGUUGUUGUUUUUGGGUUUUUUUACAUUUUGACGACCAAUGCUAUUUUUUUACGCUUGUACUUUUAUAGUGCUUUACAAUAUAUUAUAUAUUUUGUGAGUGACGCAAGCUAACAAGCACUAUACAAAAGAUUACAUCCCCCCCCCACUCCUAUUCAAAGGCGUUUUAAAGGAGGAGAAUCAUUGGCUUGUCACUUUGCACUAGACGGGGAAUUAAAAGGCAUGUAAAGUACAUCAAUAAAUUAUUACUGCAAGUUGUCCCAACACCACUACAAAAAGGGAACCCGCCGAGUGUCGCUGCACUCUUCGCAUACCACUAAACAACAAAACUACAUUUCAUGUGUAUCUGACAUUGCGCAUGGAUAUACUGUACAAUCAUAUAUGCUGUGCCAUAGCAAUGCAGAUGAUAGCGAGUAGUGUGUACAUGAGCCAUUGUGUUGUAGUUGUUACUGUGAAUGCGCCCGAAGUAUUAACAUUUUUGUGAAUUCAAAAGCGCUGUCUUCUGUGCUUGAGGAUCUAUUUAUUGUUGUUAAUUGCAACUACAUUUAAACAGGAAUAAA